AUGUUCUUGAUAAUCAGUCUUCCAGUCGAACUCCAGAUCCAGAUAUUCUCGGAACUAUCGUUCUAUGACCAGAUAUCAGUAGCUCGGGUUUGUAGACUUUGGAAGUCUCUCCUAGUUACUUCUGGUCGGCUCCGAAGGGCUCGGUACAGUGAAAUCGAAUCUACCGGGGUUCAUAAUGAUAUGAACUUGGUGAAUUAUCGAGCUCGAGGCCUUCAGCAGGAUACACCGAUAUGUUCGUCACGGUCUGAUACAAAGCCUCAGAUCCACCGGCUUCUUUAUAAUAAAUACCAAUGCGACUCGUCUUGUUUCCGUUGUAAUGAGAUCUACGCGCUCCCAUACAUUAUCCAAAACUAUCUACGCGAUACCUAUGCAUUCCCCACGCUCCAUGCAGGGCAUAAACACCAGCCCGCAAAGCCUCCUAAACCAUAUAGUCACGCCUAUCUAAACGCAAUCCUCUGUCAAACUACUUUACAAAUAACAAGUUACGAACUAUGUUUCGAAAAAUGCCCUCUAGAAUCAGGGAAAUAUCCAACAAAAAUCAAACUCCCCGUCGACCAUCCCUUCUUCGAUGAUCCGGUCUUCUCAACCCCUAUCUACAACAAGUAUGACAGAAGAAGUGAUCCAAAAUCUGCGAAUUUUGAUCAAGAUGAGGAGAAAAUGAUCUCUGUCCUUCAUUUACUUCACUUACCUAGGGUCGUGUGGCAAGUACACCCCGAUGCUAGCUUGACAAGCAUACAUGUUUCACCCACUAUGACUGUUCGCCAGCUUAUCUCAAAAGCAUGGCAAGCGAUACGAGAAGUUUAUCUAUCCAAGCCGCACCCUUACGCGGAGAUUAUGGAGUAUGUGCGGAUAUCCUUUAAACCAUUAGACGAAGGUGUAGAAGGGGACGGUUUUCCACUAUCACUGAGAUUGGAAGUGGCUGUUGGAGAAGGUUAUUGGGAACAAGUUAAUCGAAAACUUGUCUGGAGGGGUAAGAUGCCGGAGCCUGGACUAAGAGAGUGGAGAUGCCCAGACCCAACUUUGUAUAGAAGAUUAGGAAACCAUGUUGAUCGAUUAUUUGCAUCGUCGCAUCAUGGGCAUGGGUCAUGCUAUAAACAGGAACAUGUGGUAUUACGCGGGAUUCGUACCUAG